UAAGAAAAUUAUUAUUUCCUUUUCCCAGAUUUCACCCUCACUCUCUCCGCUCACACCAUUUCUUCUCUCACCGCCACCACCGCCCUCCCGCUCCGCCCAUCUCUUCCAACUUCCAUUUUUGUUCAACUCUUCAUAUCACAAGCGCCAAUCACUCCACCGUAUUGUCUAUGGACGGCGAUUCUUCUCCGGUCAUAACUGCUGCUACCACCGUCGACUCUAUUGCCGAUGGCUUGAAGAACCAGUCCUUGGAUAAUAACAAUCAUAAUGAGGAUUCAGUUAGUCAAAAUAGGGGUAAGUUGAAGCUGGAAGAACUGAAGUGGGACCAUUCCUUCGUUCGUGAGCUUCCCGGUGAUCCAAGGACCGAUUUAACUCCACGAGAGGUAAUGCAUGCUUGCUAUACAAAAGUAACUCCAUCUGCCGAGGUGGAUAAUCCUCAGCUUGUGGCAUGGUCUGAUUCAGUUGCAGACUUGUUGGAUUUGGAUCCCCAGGAAUUCCAAAGGCCUGAUUUUCCAUUGUUAUUCUCGGGAGCUUCACCUUUGGUUGGAGCGAUGCCUUAUGCUCAGUGCUAUGGAGGACAUCAGUUCGGAAUGUGGGCUGGCCAAUUGGGAGAUGGUCGGGCAAUCACUCUAGGAGAGGUUCUCAAUUCAAGGUCGCAGCGGUGGGAAUUGCAGCUUAAGGGUGCUGGGAAGACCCCAUACAGUCGGUUUGCUGAUGGUCUUGCAGUCUUACGUAGUAGUAUCCGAGAAUUUCUAUGCAGUGAGGCAAUGCACAAUCUAGGAAUCCCAACAACUCGUGCGCUGUGCUUGGUAACAACUGGAAAAUAUGUUACUCGAGAUAUGUUUUAUGAUGGCAACCCCAAGGAUGAGCCCGGUGCAAUUGUCUGUAGAGUUGCUCAAUCCUUUCUUCGCUUUGGUUCAUACCAAAUACAUGCUUCAAGAGAGAAGGAUGAUUUUGGCCUUGUUCAUGCUUUGGCUGAUUAUUGUAUCAGGCAUCAUUUUCCGCAUUUGGAGAACCUGAGUAAAAGUGAUAGUUUAUCAUUUACUACUGGCCAAGGAGAUGACUCAGUCGUGGAUUUAACUUCAAAUAAAUAUGCAGCUUGGACAGUAGAAGUUGCUGAGCGUACAGCUUCCGUAAUUGCCAACUGGCAGGGGAUUGGUUUCACCCAUGGAGUACUGAACACAGAUAACAUGAGUGUGUUGGGACUUACAAUUGAUUAUGGUCCUUUUGGCUUCUUGGAUGCUUUUGAUCCCAGUUACACUCCAAACACUACUGAUCUUCCCGGCAGACGAUAUUGUUUUGCAAAUCAGCCCGAUAUUGGCUCAUGGAAUAUUGCACAGUUUGCCGCAACUCUUUCUACUGCCCAGUUGAUAAAUGACAAGGAGGCAAACUACGCUGUGGAGAGAUAUGGCACAAAGUUUAUGGAUGAGUACCAAGCUCUAAUGACCAAAAAACUUGGUCUACCCAAGUACAAUAAGCAGUUGAUCAGUGAACUGCUUAAAAAUAUGGCUGUUGAUAAAGUUGACUACACAAAUUUCUUUCGGUUGCUUUCAAAUGUCAAAUCUGAUCAUGCCAUUCCAGACGAUGAACUAUUAAUUCCUCUUAAGGCUGUUCUGCUGGAUAUUGGCAAGGAGCGAAGAGAUGCAUGGACCAGCUGGGUGAAAUCCUACAUAAAAGAGCUUUCCACCACUGGCAUAUCUGAUCAGGAGAGGAAACGUUCAAUGGACUCGGUAAAUCCUAAGUACAUUCUGAGAAACUAUUUAUGUCAAAGCGCCAUUGAUGCAGCAGAACUAGGUGACUUUGAAGAAGUUCGGCGCCUGCUAAGAGUUAUGGAACGGCCGUAUGAUGAGCAGCCCGGUAUGGAAAAAUAUGCCCGGUUGCCCCCCGCUUGGGCUUAUCGGCCAGGAGUCUGCAUGCUCUCCUGCUCUUCUUGACUGGACAAAAUAUGUUGCUCAGAAAUGAGAAAGAAAUACAGCAUGUACAUAGAAUAGCGUGUAUGGUGAUUUUGUUCUGUAAUAUGUAAAAGCUGUAGCCUUCCAUUUUCAAAUUGCGUUUCUGAGUUUGGUUUUGGGCAGGACUCACAGGUGAAAAUGUAUUUUUGU